GCUGCAGGCUGGUUUGUAUGGAUUGUGGAGUGGUGCUCCAGCAGAUCUAUCCAGCAUGCAGUGGACACACUAGGUCUUGCUCUGUAGCCCCAUUUGGAGAUGAUCUGACAGAGAGCAUCUGGCUGGGUCCAGGGCAUGCAGCCUGGCAGUAAGGUGCCUGUGGAUUUUGCGCUGUGACUGUAAAGACUGGGCACUGCCAUUGCACCCGCAACUGCUGCAGCCCCUCUUGUCAAGGAAAUUGGAACUGUGUGGAUACAGCUCUGGGACUAUCUGGUGUUUAUGAAUUCCAUAGCGCUGCGUUUUCUUUCUAAAUGGAAUUGCAAAGGACUUCUAGCAUACCAGGGCCAUUGUCCCCAGGAUACACCGCACAGGUUCCCUUCAAUUACAACCAGCUAGAAGGGAGAUUUAAGCAGCUCCAAGAUGAGCGUGAGGCUGUCCAGAAGAAGACCUUCACAAAAUGGGUCAAUUCACACCUGGCCCGAGUGUCCUGCAGAAUUACUGAUCUGUACGCAGACCUGCGAGAUGGGCGGAUGCUUAUCAAGCUGCUGGAGGUUCUCUCAGGAGAGAAACUUCCUAAGCCCACCAAGGGAAGAAUGCGUAUCCAUUGUCUGGAGAAUGUCGACAAAGCUCUGCAGUUCCUGAAGGAACAGAGGGUCCAUCUGGAGAACAUGGGGUCUCAUGAUAUUGUAGAUGGAAACCACCGGCUGACGCUUGGGCUCAUCUGGACCAUCAUCCUCAGGUUCCAGAUCCAAGACAUUCGCGUAGAAUCAGAGGACAACAAGGAGAAGAAAUCGGCUAAGGAUGCACUGCUUCUGUGGUGCCAGAUGAAGACAGCUGGGUAUCCAAAUGUGAAUAUACACAACUUUACCACCAGCUGGCGGGACGGCAUGGCAUUCAACGCACUCAUUCAUAAACACAGGCCAGACCUUAUUGACUUCGAUAAACUGAAGAAGUCAAACGCGCACUACAAUCUGCAAAAUGCCUUCAACCUUGCCGAGCAGCACCUGGGCCUCACCAAGCUACUCGACCCAGAAGAUAUCAGUGUGGAUCAUCCUGAUGAAAAGUCCAUCAUUACUUACGUGGUUACAUAUUAUCACUACUUCUCAAAGAUGAAGGCUCUGGCUGUGGAAGGAAAACGUAUUGGGAAAGUGCUGGACAAUGCAAUUGAAACCGAAAAGAUGAUUGAGAAAUAUGAAUCGCUGGCCUCUGAUCUUCUUGAGUGGAUUGAACAAACCAUAAUCAUCCUGAACAAUCGGAAGUUUGCCAACUCGCUGGUCGGCGUGCAGCAGCAGCUACAAGCUUUCAACACCUACCGCACGGUGGAAAAACCACCAAAAUUUACAGAGAAAGGAAACCUGGAAGUGCUGCUCUUCACCAUUCAGAGCAAGAUGCGGGCGAACAACCAGAAAGUGUACAUGCCGAGAGAGGGCAAGCUCAUCUCAGACAUCAACAAGGCCUGGGAAAGACUGGAAAAAGCUGAACAUGAGCGAGAACUGGCACUGCGAAACGAGCUGAUCCGACAGGAGAAACUGGAACAACUUGCACGAAGAUUCGAUCGCAAGGCAGCUAUGAGGGAGACCUGGCUCAGUGAAAACCAACGCCUGGUGUCUCAGGAUAACUUUGGUUUCGACCUCCCUGCCGUGGAAGCCGCCACCAAGAAACAUGAAGCCAUCGAGACGGACAUCGCCGCCUAUGAAGAGCGUGUUCAGGCGGUGGUAGCCGUUGCACGAGAACUGGAAGCAGAAAACUACCAUGACAUCAAACGCAUCACCGCUCGCAAGGACAAUGUCAUCCGACUCUGGGAGUACCUGCUGGAGCUCCUCCGGGCGCGGCGUCAGCGCCUGGAAAUGAACCUGGGAUUGCAGAAGGUUUUCCAGGAGAUGCUCUACAUUAUGGACUGGAUGGACGAGAUGAAGGUGCUUUUAUUGUCUCAAGAUUAUGGGAAACAUUUACUGGGGGUUGAGGACCUGCUACAGAAACAUGCCAUGGUGGAGGCGGACAUUGCCAUACAGGCGGAGCGAGUGCGUGGCGUUAAUGCAUCGGCGCAGAGAUUUGCCACAGGAGGAGAAGGCUAUAAACCUUGCGAUCCACAAGUCAUUCGGGAUCGUGUGGCUCACAUGGAAUUUUGUUACCAAGAACUGUGUCAACUGGCAGCUGAAAGACAAGCACGUUUAGAGGAGUCAAGGCGUCUCUGGAAGUUCUUUUGGGAAAUGGCAGAAGAGGAGGGGUGGAUUAGAGAAAAGGAACAGAUCUUAUCUUCUGAUGAUUAUGGAAAGGAUCUGACCAGCGUCAUCCGUCUACUUUGCAAGCACAAAGCGUUCGAAGACGAGAUGAGCGGACGAAGUGGUCACUUACUGCAGACCAUCAAGGAAGGAGAGGAGAUGAUUGCUGAGGAACACUUUGGAUCUGAGAAAAUUAGACAGAGAAUAGAGGAUAUUCAGGAACAGUGGGCUCACCUUGAACAGCUAUCUGCUAUUCGAAGGAAGCAGCUGGACGAAACCUCCAGUUUCCACCAGUUCCAGGCAGACGCUGAUGACAUUGACGCCUGGAUGUUAGACAUCUUGAGGAUUGUGUCCAGCAAUGACGUUGGCCAUGACGAAUAUUCUACGCAGUCCCUAGUAAAGAAACACAAGGAUGUGGCUGAGGAAAUUGGAAGUUAUAGAUCCACCAUUGAUGCUCUGCAUGAGCAAGCUGCUGCCCUUCCAGAGGAGCAGUUUGAAUCUUCAGAUGUGCAGAGCAGGUUGUCUGGCAUUGAGGAGAGAUACAAGGAACUGGCUGAGCUGACACGGCUACGGAAACAGGCUCUGCAGGAUGCCCUGACUCUGUACAAGAUGUUCAGCGAAGCUGAUGCCUGUGAGCUCUGGAUUGAUGAGAAGGAGCAGUGGUUGAACAAUAUGCAAAUCCCUGAGAAACUGGAAGAUCUGGAGGUUAUCCAGCACAGAUUUGAAAGUUUGGAGCCAGAAAUGAACAAUCAGGCUUCACGGGUGGCUGUUGUUAACCAAAUUGCCCGUCAGUUGAUCCACAGUGGACAUCCAAGUGAGAGAGAAAUCAAAGCUCAGCAAGACAAGUUGAACACCCGAUGGAGCCAGUUCAGAGAGUUGGUUGACAGAACGAAAGACGCCCUGAGUUCAGCCCUUAGUAUUCAGAACUACCAUCUUGAGUGCAAUGAGACAAAAUCCUGGAUUAGGGAGAAGACCAAAGUCAUCGAGUCCACCCAAGAGCUGGGUAACGACUUGGCCGGAGUUAUGGCUCUCCAGAGGAAGCUGACUGGUAUGGAACGUGACUUGGCUGCCAUUGAAGCCAAAUUGACUGAUCUCCAGAAAGAGUCUGAGAAACUGGAAGCUGAGCAUCCGGACCAAGGUCAUGCCAUCAUGAGUAGGCUUGGCGAGAUUAAUGGCGUUUGGGAAGAGAUGAAAACAACCCUGAAGAACCGAGAAGAUUCUCUUGGAGAAGCCAGCAAGCUCCAACAGUUCCUGCGUGAACUAGAUGAUUUCCAGUCCUGGUUAUCGAGAACCCAGACAGCUAUUGCCUCAGAAGAUAUGCCAAACACCCUGGCUGAAGCCGAAAAGCUGCUUACUCAGCACGAAAACAUUAAAAAUGAAAUUGACAACUACGAGGAAGAUUACCAGAAGAUGACAGACAUGGGUGAAAUGGUAACACAAGGGCAAACGGAUGCACAGUACAUGUUCCUGCGACAACGGCUCCAGGCUCUUGACACCGGAUGGAAUGAGCUUCAUAAAAUGUGGGAGAAUAGGCAAAACCUCCUUUCUCAAUCCCAUGCUUACCAACUCUUCUUAAGAGACACCAAGCAAGCCGAAGCUUUCCUUAAUAACCAGGAAUAUGUCUUAGCACACACCGAAAUGCCAAAUACUCUAGAGGCGGCUGAAGCUGCCAUCAAGAAGCAGGAGGAUUUCAUGACCACUAUGGACGCCAGUGAGGAGAAGAUUAACGCAGUCGUAGAAACUGGAAGGAGAUUGGUCAAGGAUGGAAACAUCAACUCUGAUAAAAUUGAAGAAAAAGUUGACUCAAUUGAUGACCGGCAUAGGAGAAAUCGUGAGGCGGCAAACGAUCUAUUGACACGUCUGAAGGACAACCGAGAGAUGCAGAAGUUUCUGCAGGACUGCCAAGAGCUGUCCUUGUGGAUUAAUGAGAAAAUGCUCACGGCUCGGGAUAUGUCCUAUGAUGAGGCCAGGAACUUGCACAGUAAGUGGCUGAAGCACCAGGCUUUCAUGGCAGAACUGGCAUCGAACAAAGAAUGGCUGGACAAGAUAGAGAAGGAAGGAAACCAGCUGAUUGCAGAGAAGCCAGAGACUGAGGCCAUAGUGAAAGAGAAGAUGACGACCCUGCACAAAAUGUGGGAAGAGCUGGAAUCCACCACGCAGACGAAAGCCCAGAGGCUUUUUGAUGCCAACAAAGCUGAGUUGUUCACGCAGAGCUGUGCAGAUUUGGACAAGUGGCUCCAUGGAUUAGAGAGCCAGAUUCAGUCUGAUGACUAUGGAAAGGAUCUAACCAGUGUCAAUAUUCUCCUGAAAAAACAGCAGAUGCUGGAAAAUCAGAUGGAUGUCCGAAAGAAGGAGGUGGAAGAGCUGCAGAGUCAGGCUCAAGUUCUUAGCCAGGAGGGGAAGAGCACGGAUGAGGUGGACAGCCAGCGUAUAGUGGUGGAGCACAGAUUCGUGGAGCUGCUGGCACCACUGAACGAAAGGAAAAAAUACCUGCUGGCUUCUAAAGAGAUCCAUCAAUUUAACCGGGAUGUGGAGGACGAGAUUCUCUGGGUAGAAGAGAGAAUGCCUAUUGCCACGUCCACUGACCACGGGCACAACCUCCAGACUGUACAGUUACUGAUCAAGAAGAAUCAGACCCUUCAGAAGGAGAUCCAAGGUCACCAGCACCGCUAUGAUGACAUCUUUGACAGGAGCCAGCAGAUCUUGGAAGAUGGCAGCCUUAACCCUGAGGCAAUCCAGCAACGGCUCGCUGACCUGCAGAUGCUGUGGAGCCUUCUUAUCGAAGAGACGGAAAAAAGGCACCGGCGGCUGGAGGAGGCGCAUAAGGCUCAGCAGUAUUACUUUGAUGCCGCUGAGGCCGAAGCCUGGAUGAGUGAGCAGGAGCUGUACAUGAUGUCCGAGGAGAAAGCAAAGGAUGAGCAGAGCGCCGUGUCCAUGCUAAAGAAGCACCAGAUUCUGGAGCAGGCGGUGGAGGAUUAUGCAGAGACUGUGCAUCAGCUUUCCAAGACGAGCAGGGCGCUGGUGGCAGAUGGACAUCCCGAGAGUGAACGCAUCAGCAUGCGUCAGUCGCAAGUGGACAAACUCUAUGCAGGUCUGAAGGAUUUGUCGGAAGAGAGGAGGGGAAGGUUGGAUGAACGUCACAGACUGUUCCAGCUCAACCGUGAAGUGGAUGAUUUGGAGCAGUGGAUUGCAGAGAGGGAAGUUGUGGCCGGUUCCCAUGAGCUGGGGCAGGACUACGAACAUGUUACUAUGUUACAGGAACGGUUUAGGGAGUUUGCACGUGACACUGGCCACAUUGGGCAGGAGAGAGUGGACACGGUCAAUCACAUGGCGGAUGACCUCAUCAAUUCUGGACAUUCCGAUGCUGCUACCAUAGCAGAAUGGAAGGAUGGUCUCAAUGAGGCCUGGGCGGACCUCCUGGAGUUGAUUGACACCAGAACGCAGAUACUGGCUGCCUCUUAUGAACUGCAUAAAUUCUAUCAUGACGCUAAAGAGAUCUUUGGGCGCAUACAGGAUAAACAUAAGAAGCUACCAGAGGAGCUGGGCAGAGAUCAGAACACUGUAGAAACACUGCAAAGAAUGCACACCACCUUCGAGCACGACAUCCAGGCAUUGGGCACGCAGGUGAGGCAGCUACAGGAAGAUGCUACGCGGCUGCAGGCUGCUUAUGCAGGUGAUAAGGCUGACGAUAUCCAGAAGAGGGAGAGCGAGGUCCUGGAGGCCUGGAAAACAUUGCUGGACGCAUGCGAGGGGCGGCGGCUCAGGCUGGUGGACACUGGGGACAAGUUCCGGUUUUUCAGCAUGGUCCGUGACCUCAUGCUCUGGAUGGAAGAUGUCAUCCGCCAGAUUGAAGCCCAGGAGAAGCCAAGGGAUGUAUCUUCUGUCGAGUUACUAAUGAAUAAUCACCAAGGCAUUAAGGCAGAAAUCGAUGCCCGAAAUGACAGUUUUACUACGUGCAUUGAACUUGGCAAGUCUCUCUUGGCAAGGAAGCACUACGCAUCAGAAGAGAUAAAAGAAAAGUUGUUGCAACUGACUGAGAAGAGGAAAGACAUGAUUGACAAGUGGGAGGACCGAUGGGAGUGGCUGAGAUUGAUUUUGGAGGUGCACCAGUUUUCCCGAGAUGCCAGUGUUGCGGAGGCCUGGUUAUUGGGACAGGAGCCAUAUCUGUCAAGUCGUGAAAUAGGCCAGAGUGUAGAUGAUGUGGAAAAACUAAUCAAGAGACAUGAGGCAUUCGAGAAGUCUGCAGCUACUUGGGAUGAAAGGUUUUCUGCCUUGGAAAGACUCACUACGUUGGAAUUGUUGGAAGUACGUCGACUGCAAGAGGAAGAGGAAAGGAAACGUAAACCUCCGACUCCUGAGCUUAGCCCAAAGGUCUCAGAAGAAGGAGAGUCUCCCCAACAGUGGGACGGGACAAAAGAAGGAGAACAAAUUUCCCAAAACGGAUUGCCAUCUGACCAAGAUUCGCCACGGAUGGCAGAAAAUGCUGAAACCAAUGAAAUGGUCAAUGGUUCCACAGAGCAGAGGUCAAGCUCGAAAGAAUCCAGUCCCAUUCCCUCGCCGACUGCUGACCGUAAAUCGAAAUCCGGCAUACAGUCGCAGUCCGCCUCCACUCUCCCAGCCAAGACGCAGGACAUUACUUCCGCUCAGUUUGAAGGAUUCUUGCAUCGCAAACAUGAAUGGGAGGCACACAACAAAAAAGCCUCAAGCAGAUCUUGGCAUAAUGUAUAUUGCGUGAUAAACAACCAAGAAAUGGGAUUUUACAAAGACGCCAAGACUGCUGCAUCUGGUAUUACCUAUCACAACGAGAUCCCGGUGAAUCUGAAGGAAGCACUCUGUGAAGUAGCGACUGACUACAAGAAGAAAAAACACGUAUUCAAACUGAAGCUGAAUGACGGUAAUGAAUACCUCUUCCAAGCCAAAGAUGACGAGGAAAUGAACACGUGGAUUCAGGCCAUCACAAACGCAAUCACAUCAGACAAAACAGAGGUGUCUCUGAGUACGCAGAGCACACCAGCGUCCAGCCGCGCCCAAACCCUGCCGGCUAGCGUCACCGUCACCACCGAGUCCAGCCCUGGCAAGCGGGAAAAAGACAAAGAGAAGGACAAAGAGAAGAGAUUCAGCCUCUUUGGAAAAAAGAAGUGAACUUGCGACCUAAACCAACCAUAAGAAAACAAAAAACAAAAAUAAAACCACUGCACUUCUCUUACAUUUUUUUCAGUGAAAUGUCAGCAUGCGAGCUCAGAACCAAUACAUUACUCUGUGCCUAAUGUUCCCCCAACAUGACAUGAAGUUUAAAAAAAAUAAUAAUAAAAAAAAAAAAAUGACAAAAACUUAUUUAUAGAAUGCUAAAGCGAAUCUGUGACACAAGAGGUUUGAGGGGCAUUGGGCAAUCCGAAUGAGAGAGGACCAUUAUCUUUUUUUGUUUCUUCCAGAUCUUUUUUUUUUUUUUUACUUCCUCCCCCCCCCGCACUCCCCAAAGUCAUUGUAGAUUAAACCUGAAUAUUUAAUCAUUUCCUCAAUUUUGUGAGGCUGUCUUGGAAACAACCCACAUUUAGUAUUGAUACAAUAUGCAAGGCAGCGGUGCUUUCAGUAAUUAAAAAUGAAUGUGAUUGUUCACAUCAAAGACAGAUGUAAAAAAAAAAAAAAAUUCAGACCCAUAUUUCACCGUCAUUCCCACGAGAGAGCUAGCACUGAGAUACUUUACAAUAAUGGGGUGUACUCUACCCAGACACAUAACAAGUGCCCGUAGAUUGAUUUUUGGCACCCACUUAUUAACACAACACCGCUUUCAAGCGUCACGUGUGUUCUUUCCGAACGUUGGUGUUUAAUGAAAGGAUUAGCGGUUUUAAAUACUCCUGUAAAACUUUUUUUUUUUUUUGUUUAUAUAUAUUUUUUUCUUUUUCUUUUUUUCUUUGCUGAAAUACACUAUAUUGUACGUUUCUGGUUUAAUUCUAGUACAGACUAUAAUGAGACUAGAUGUAUAAUAAACCCUUUAAAGGAAUCAUUGAUGUUAAGUGUACAAGUGAAAUGAAGCAUAUACUGGAACAAAAAAGUAAUGUUACUCAAUUGAUUACUUGCUUGUCCGCUGCAGCACUGUGUGUUAUACUUUUUGCUACAUUAUUUUGCUAUUUGAUACAUAGUGUGCAUUUCUCUGUCACUGUAACUAUUGUAAUGAAAAUUUACAUUUUACUGCACAAUCAGAAUGACAUUUAUUAGGAAUGAUAUCCUCGAUAUCCUCUCAAUAACUGGGCCUUUAGUCCUGCAACUGGCCACCAGGUGAAUGAACUGUACCUCUAGAGUAGGGGGUGGGGGGCCAGGUCCGGCGCACUCUUGGCCGUUGCUGAGCUGCGGCGUCCAUCAUCCUCAUUGCCUUUCUGCGGUGAUCGGAGACGUUGUUUAGCGACAGCCGGAAUGCCGAUGGUUGCCGAUCUGCACUCUAGAAAUUUACCCUAUCUGUUAAAUAUAUGCUAUGUCAUUAAAUGCUUUUAAAAAUGACAGUUA